AACAGCAUCAGUAUGAGUCCUGUGAUUUGUGUUCCAGGUGGUCCUCGCCUUGCCAUAUGACACCCCAGUGCCUGGAUACAUGAACAACACAGUCAACACCAUGCGGCUGUGGUCUGCUCGGGCCCCCAAUGACUUCAACCUCCGGGACUUUAAUGUUGGAGACUACAUUCAGGCCGUCUUGGACAGAAACGUGGCUGAGAACAUCUCGCGUGUCCUGUACCCGAAUGACAAUUUUUUCGAAGGCAAAGAGCUGCGGCUCAAGCAGGAGUACUUUGUUGUGGCUGCCACCCUCCAGGAUAUCAUCCGACGUUACAAAGCGUCCAAAUUCGGAAGCACCGACAGCGUCCGGACUGUGUUCGACUCUUUCCCGGAUCAGGUAGCAAUACAGCUGAAUGACACUCAUCCUGCCAUGGCUAUUCCUGAGCUGAUGAGGAUUUUUGUGGACAUCGAAAAGCUGCCAUGGAGCAAGGCCUGGGAGAUCACGAAGAAGACGUUCGCCUACACCAACCACACAGUGCUGCCCGAGGCACUGGAGCGCUGGCCGGUCGACCUGAUGGAGAAGCUCCUGCCAAGGCACCUGCAGAUCAUUUACGAAAUCAACCAGCGACACUUGGAUAGGGUCUCGACACUGUUCCCCAAUGACAUCGACCGCCUGAGGAGAAUGUCCCUGAUCGAGGAAGGGAGCGUCAAGAGGAUCAACAUGGCACACCUCUGCAUUGUGGGCUCCCACGCUGUCAACGGCGUCGCCAAGAUCCACUCGGACAUCGUGAGGACGCAGGUGUUCAAGGACUUUGCGGAGCUGGAACCCGGGAAGUUUCAGAACAAGACCAAUGGAAUCACCCCCCGGCGCUGGCUCUUGCUAUGCAACCCUGGGCUAGCGGAGCUGAUAGCCGAGAAAAUAGGGGAGGACUACGUGAAGGACCUGAGCCAGCUGACCAAGCUGCACAAGUUCGUGAAUGACGACGUCUUCAUUCGGGAGGUGUCCAAAGUGAAACAGGAGAACAAAGUGAAAUUUGCCCAGUUCCUGGAGGAGGAGUACAAGGUCAAGAUCAACCCGUCCUCCAUGUUCGAUGUGCAUGUGAAGAGGAUCCAUGAGUACAAGCGGCAGCUGAUGAACUGCUUGCACAUCAUCACCAUGUACAACCGCAUAAGGAGGGACCCAACAAAGCUGUUUAUGCCCAGAACAGUCAUCAUUGGAGGCAAAGCGGCUCCAGGGUAUCACAUGGCUAAAACGAUCAUCAAGCUCAUCACAUCUGUGGCCCAUGUAGUGAACAAUGACCCCGUGGUGGGGAACAAGCUGAAGGUCAUCUUCCUGGAGAACUACCGGGUAUCGCUGGCAGAGAAAGUGAUUCCAGCCACCGACUUGUCCGAGCAGAUUUCCACUGCGGGGACAGAAGCGUCAGGCACAGGGAACAUGAAGUUCAUGCUCAACGGUGCACUCACCAUUGGCACCAUGGAUGGGGCGAACGUGGAGAUGGCGGAGGAGGCUGGGGAAGAAAACCUGUUCAUCUUCGGCAUGAGGGUGGAGGAUGUGGCAGAGUUGGACAAGAAGGGGUACAAUGCUCAGGAUUAUUACGACAGGCUUCCUGAAUUGAAGCAGGUCAUCGACCAGAUCAAGGGGGGCUUUUUCUCCCCGAAGCAGCCAGACCUGUUCAAGGAUGUUGUCAAUAUGCUGUUCCACCAUGACCGGUUUAAAGUCUUUGCAGACUACGAGGCGUAUGUCAAAUGCCAGGACAAAGUCAGCGAGCUGUAUAUGAACUCCAAGGAGUGGACCAAAAUGGUCAUCAGGAACAUCGCAUCCUCAGGGAAGUUCUCCAGUGACAGGACCAUUAAGGAAUACGCCAGGGACAUCUGGAACGUGGUGCCUUCUGAUCUGAAGAUCCCUCCGCCCAAUGUACCGAGGGAUGUGGGUGAAGAAAAGACCUCCAAUGACACGACAGCCCGCUCCACAGCUGAAAAGCGGAAGCUGUAGGCAAGAGCUGCGCUGCUGGCUGCCUCUAGCAGGAAUGCAUUGUAAACACUGUAAGAAGUUCCUGUAGCUAUUUAGCAAAUGGCUUACUGUUGGCUUUUCCCAGGAGGAGAAUUGGUGUAGAGCGUUAUGCAGAGACCCAAAAGCUGCCGCUUGCAGUAGGUGCUGGAAUAAAAGUGCCAAUCAAAAUAUUUAAGGGACUCGGGGUAGCUCUGCUAUUUAACCGGGCUGUCGCCAAAACCUGGUGUUAACAACCAAGGGUACUUCAUGCAGUAGCAUAUGGUCCUGUACCUCUCCUUCAGCUGGCUGGGAAACAUCACUUCCUUGUCAGAGCCAGGGAGCAGCUUAGGGCUGCUGCUGGAGUAGUGUGUGUCCCAUUCACCAUCACUCCUUACUUAGUCUCCUGGCCAGCCUUAAGACUGGAAGCAAAUAAGCAGGCAGCUGUAACAUUUGGCACGGUGAGGAACUCUAGCCUCUAUCCGAGCACAACAAGGUGCUACAUGAAGCCUAACAUGACAAUAGAUAGGAGGCUCUAAAAAAGUCUGCUUGGGUGGCCUGUCCUGCAAAAACCAUGUAACUGUCCUUGUGAGACCCUUCUUCUUCCCUGCCCUUCACUAAUUGCCUCUGUCAUGGAAGCAAUAAAACAAG